AUGGUAAAAUCAAUUGACGUGAAUGUAAAUAGCAUAUUCUACAAAUCAUAUUCGGUGGAUCUGGAAUCGGAUUCACCGGUUUAUGUUUUUGACUCCACCUACCUCCCAGCUUUUAGUUUGGUACAAGACAAAGAAGUCUACGAGCUACUCAUCGAUGGUUUAAUGGACAAGGUUCUAACUAAACUGCCUAAAGAACCAUUUACUCUAGUUGUGUUUAGUUCAGGAUUUACAAGUAAUGAAAUUAGUUGGGUCUAUGGGAUAAAAUUAUACUCCAAGCUACCCAAAGAAAUGCGUUAUUUGAUUCAAAAGACCUUGAUUGUCCACGAGUCCUUUUUUGCAAAAACCGUACUACAAGUGCUAAAAAAUGCCAUGCGAAUAAAAGGCCUGAAUAACAAAGAUUCCUCAACAGAUGGCAUCAUUCAUGUCCAAUCUGUGACAGACUUAGCAAACUAUCUGGAUAUAACUCUUCUUCGGAUAAGUCUGAAUGUUUAUCUCUAUGACUAUCAAUUCAAUGAGAAGAUAGAAGUUCCAGAACAAUUUAGAGUGAAACCAAACAGCAUUGCUUAUCGUCAAUAUAGACAACUGAUAUUUGAUAAAAUAUUCAAAAGGUUGAAAGCAGAAGGUCCUAAAUCAGAGUUAGUGUUUCAAAAACCCGGAUCAUACAAGAGGAUUAAUAUCCUUUUAGACGUCAUUGAAAGGAAUCAUUAUGUGGAUCUAUCGCAAUGGGACAUAUACUCAUUAGGCUCUGUAUUCUUACACUUUCUGAAAAAUAAGAGCAAGCCUCUCAUUCCUCUAGAUCUUAUACCCCUUCCACUUGAAGAUGAUUUAAAUUAUACAAAAAAAACUUUUAAUGCAAUCAUUGAAUAUAAUGGUUAUUAUGACUUAUUAAGGGCCAUAUUUCCUUUGUUCAUCACUUUUCUUGACAAUAAUGAGACUACAAAACAUACGUUAAAAACGCUCAGUAAGUCUUUAACACCAACAUUGUGUAAAGAAAAGGUCUCGAUUAAAAGCAGCGAUAAACUCGCAAUAGGGACAAGAUUCAUUAGAAACCUUUUGUUACAUUUUUAUUCAAUUAUUGAUGAAUUGGACUCGAAAAGUGCUCCUACUCUACCAGCAAGAAUUAUAUCCGAACGUCCAAUAAAUCCACCUGCAUUACCGAAGCCUAGAAAGUCGAGCCCAACAAGAUAUCCAGUCUCAUCGUCAUCUUCUGCAAGAUCAAGAUCUAUAUCGUCUGCUUCUUAUUCUAAAGAGACGCCGCCUUCUUCAGCAAAGAGUUCAUCUAUAGAGUUGAUAGGCGAAAAAUGUACCCAAACAAUAGGGGAAAAGCCAAUACUGGAACCACCAUCAACAUUCAUUUUGGAAUCUAGAAAUGACUCAGCAAGCUCCUUGGCAAGUAGUCAGAGCGUCACUAAAUAUAAUUUACGUUCACCAUCAAAACCGCUAGCUAAGGAAGCUAUUAAAGACAACAAUUCAGAUACAGAGGAUGAUGAAAUAUUAGGAUUACAAGACUUACUAGAACAGUUGACUAUCGAGAAGAAUGACAAAAUAAAAAGUUUUGACAAAGAACUCAAGAAAAAGAAACUACUUCAGCAAAAAUCUGCUAAUAGCACAAAAUUCUCCAACGAAGGUUAUGGUGACAUCACCAAGGGUAGUAAAGUCAGUAAGUUAGCAGCUUUAUACGAAGAACGACUACAGGGUUUGCAAGCCCUUAAUGACCUUACCAAGUAA